ACUAAAUUUUCACAGCAGAAGCACAAUGGUGCUACCAAUACGGGUCCAAACUUGGAUAAACGAAUCUGUACUUUUUUGUAAAGUCGAGUACACCCAUUUAGAUCGAUAGUGUUUUGUUAACAGCGGGUGCCAGGUUGUCACACAAGUGAUUGACAACUGUUGACCCCCCCCCCCCUAAAAAAAAAAGAGUAACGUGACUGGUGCUACAAUAUAUACCCCAAAAUGUUCAAAACAUUUUCUUCGUUCAACAGACGAAUCGGACCCUAUUGGUGUGGUGGAUACAUCAGGUAGAUUAAUUUUACAAAUAGUAGCUGCUUCUAAAAGGACAGACUUGGAACCAGCCUUUCCUCACAACUGGUAGAAGAGCGCCAUGGAUAUCAGCAAAGAUAAGAAAUGGUCCAAGCUGAGAGGUCGUCUGCACAUGCUUGGCUACAAUCACAAUCUUGGACAAGAAUCUGUGCCACUUGUUGAACAACUUUUCAGCGAUUUGGUCCACACCACCGAAAGCCUACACGAAUCCCAACGAUCAACGGACAAAUCGGAGAAAGAAAGCCAAAACAGUGAUGUCCGCCUGGUCAGGGAGAACCAAGAGCUUCACCUUGAGCUCAUGACGGUGAAGGGCGAGAAGGCCAACGUGACCAGAGAGUUGAAGGUCUACAUCACCAAACUGGACAGUGACCUUGCUUUGCUGAAGUCUUUGAACAAGCAGUAUUUGCAAGAGAUGCACAGCCUGGAGAAGGACUGCAAAGAAAAGGCCAGGCUCAUCCGUCAACUGCGUCAAAAAAAUUUGACCAGUUGGGUGCAGGCGGUGGAUGCAAACAAGACCCCAACUGAUGAUCCGGAAGCAGCUGAUCUGCAGCAGGCGGAAUUUACAAGAUUAAAAACCUCGCUGGAAAAUUCUCAAGGGCACAUACAACACUUAAAUAACCAAAUUGAUGAACUGCAGGAGACCAACGCCACACUGGAGCAGAAGCUCAAGGGAGUGCAGCACACGUCCUCCGGCAAAGUGGCUGAGCUCACCUCAAAGAACCACGAACUGUGUCAAGAGAUGACGGACAUCCGCAACCUAGCGAAGUUGAUGGAGCUGGAAAAGAAGCAAAAGCUCCAAAAGGCCGAAAUGAAAUUGCAAGACCUUCAGGACAUCAUCCGAAAGCAACGAGGAGUCAUUAAAGAUUUGGAGGAUCAGCUGAGUAAAAAAAGAAUGGCUUCGGAUCUACCAGUUGAACAAGAGUCGAGGACUGCCGACCAACAGAACAACAUUUGCAAUGGAUUUGCAUUUCAGGAAGCUUCAGACCAGGAGUUUGUAAAAUCUCAACUUGGAGAUCAGUUACGGGAUCUAAGAGAGCAAAAUGAAAAAUUUGAGGCGAUGGUGGAGUUCCUGGCGGCAGAGAAAAGCAGACUGCAGGACAAAGUGCAGAAGAUGAUGUCCGUUGAGAAAGUCGUGGUGCUGGAGCUGGAAGGCUGGCGGACGAAAUACGGCAUUUGUGGAAGGGAACGCUCGCCGUCGCGUCUGGAUGCUUUUGUCAAGAGUUUGGAAGAGGAAAGGGAUCACUUUCGUCUGGAGGCCGAACAUUAUCAAAACCUCUGGAUCUUUAGCAGUCGCAGUUCAGACAGGCAGAGAAGUCAGGCCACAGAGCGUCUUGACUACCAAAGCUCAAACCCACCCGCUGAAAUUCGGAACCUGAGACAGAAGCUCAGACUGGUAGAAGCACAACUCCAGCAGGUGACAAAAGAAAAAGUCUCUCUGAUGGAAGAACUGAAGGCCCACGACAGCUCAAACACAUCCCCCGAAAUCCUCAAACCGAAGAAGACCUUCAAACAAGUCCUGCAAGAGACGAAAGAAAAAGGCAAGAAAAGGAAAGACGGAAUGGAGGAGGACCUUCAGGAGCCGCAGCCCGAACAGCGCGACUUGACCAAGUCUGAUGAAUUUCUGGACCUGAAAGAGGAGCUAAGCCUGGUGGAAGAAAAAAAUCAGCUCUUGACUGCUGAAAAAGACUCGCUCUUGGAGGAGUUUCAGAAAAAGGAGCUGCAGUGUGACCAAUACACCUCAGAAGUGUCCGACCUUUUGGAGCAACUCAAAGGGGCAGAAGAGAAAAUCCAGCAGCUGACCAGUGAAAAAGACGCACUCGUGGAAGAAUUGAAGCAAAAGCAACUGCAGCAGGAUGCAAAUACUUCGGCUGAGAUUUCAACACUGAAAGAAAAUCUGAAAAAGGCAGAAGUGAUCAUUCAGAUGCUGAAAUCGGGGAACGAAAAUAAGACGGAACGAUUGAAGCAAAUGCAGAAGGAAAAAAUCGGACCAGCGUCGACUGCCAUAGAUCCACUGGUGGAGGAACUGAAGCAAAUGCAGGAGCAACAUGAAAAGCAACUCUCGGAUGCCUCUGGUGAAAUCUCCAAACUACAAGCGGAACGACAACAGGGAGAAGAAAAACUCCAGCAGUUGACUUCUGAAAAAGACUCACUGAUGGAGGAGUUGAAGCAAAAGCAACUGCAGUACGAGGAGCACGAUACAAAAACUUCGGCUGAGAUCUCAACACUGAAAGAAAAUCUGAAAAAGAUGGCGCAAUCGGAGAAAGAUAAACUGAGGGAGGAAUUGAUGCGAGCGAAGCUAGAGCACGACAAGCAGCUUGCUCUGAAUUUCGCUGAAAUGUCAAAACUCAACGAGGAGCUCAAACAGGCAACAAAGAAAAAGAAGACGGAACAAGCGCAGACGCAGACGGCCGACGACGGCCGGAGCACGUCAGAUGAAAUUGCAAACCUGAAAGAGCAACGCGAAUCGGCGGAAGAACAAAUCCAGCAAAUGACGGAUGAAAAAGACUCACUGAUGGAGGAACUGAAGCAACAGCAGCUGCAGUACGAGCAACACGCCUCCGACACAUUUGCCGAAAUCUCCGAUUUGAGAGAGAAGCUCAGAGUGGCCGAAGACAAGAUCCAACAGCAAAAGCGGGAUGUGGAGCGCAACUCCAAAACGUCCGCUGAAAUGUUCAAACUGGAAGAGAAGAUCAAAAUGGCGGAAGAUAAACUCCAGCGGGUGAAACAUGAAAAAGACGCACAGAUGGAGGAAUUGAUGCAAAUUCAGCUCAAGCACGCCGAGCAGCGCUCAAAAACCUCUGCGGAAAUUGCGAAACUGGAACAGAAGCUCAGACUGGCAGAAGAAAAACUUCAGCAGGUCGAAGCUGAAAAAGAAGUGGUGACAGAGGAGUUGGAGCAACUGCAACAAAGUGCCGACCGAAGCUCCGCUUCGUCUUCUGAAGUUGUCAAACUGACAGUGAAGCUCAGAUUAGCCGAAGAAAAAAUCAAGCGGCUGACGACUGAAAAAGAUGCACUGACGGAGGAACUGAAGGAAAUGCAACUGCAGAAUGAGCGCCUCGCCUCAAGCACAUCCGCCGAAAUCUCCGCGCUGAAGGAGAGUCUCAGACUGGCAGAAGAAAAAAUCCAGCAAGUGACGGAAGAAAAAAACUCGCAGUUGGAGGAAUUGAAGCAAAAGACUCGCGCCAACAUAUCUGAUCAAAUCUCCGACAUGAAAGACAAGCUCCGGCUGGCAGAAGAAAAAAUCCAGCGCUUGACCGAAGAGAAACACAAACGGGAAGCGGAACAACUGCAAAGUGCUGACCGGAAUGCGAAAGGGGCUGCCGAAGUCCUUCAACUGAAAGAGAAGCUUCAACGGGCAGAAACAAAAAUCGAGCUGGUUACGGAGGAAAAAGAGUCACUGAUUGAGGAGAUGAAGCAAAAGACCCGUUCCAAUACAUCGGAAGAAAUCGCCAACCUGAAGGAGACGCUCAAAUUGGCUCAAGAAAAAUUGCGCAACGUGAGAACUGAAAAGGAGACACUGAUGGAAGAACUAAAUCAAAAGAAGACUUCAAGCCCAUCUGAGGAACUCUCCGGCUUGAAAGCAAAACUCAGACUGGCAGAGGAAAAAAUCCAGCGGUUGACUGCUGAAAAUGACUCCCUGAAGGAAGAAUUGAAGCAGAUGCGUGACGACCCAAGCACAUCUGCUGAAGCGCUGAAUACACUGAGGGACAGGCUCCAACUGGCCGAAAGAAAAAUCCAGCGGGUGACGGCGGAAAAAGACUCUCUCAGGGAGGAAUUAAAGGGCGACACGAUUUCCCCGCAGCCAUACGGACGUGGACAGGAAAAUCGGAUUCUCGGGCUGGAGCAGGAGAACCUGGAGCUGCGUUCCCAGGUUUUUGAGUUACGGAACCGCGAACGGGAUUUGGAGCGGCAGAUGAAUGCCCGUUCUGCCGCGCUGGUCCAGAAUCCGGAGGAGGUGGUAUGGCAGAGAAAAGCGGCAGCCGGUCUUAGGCAACAGCAAGAGCAGAUUCACUAUGCGCUUUUGGACCUCCAACACAUGCUGUCUGUAAAGAACAACGAGUUAGACUCCACUCACUCGCAGAUGGAAAAACUGAAGGACAUCAUCGGUACGGAUACAGCACUCAUUCCGUUCGUAGACCCUUGUCUCAUUUUUUUGGGGGGGGGGGGGGGCUCGAUUUCUGCAAAAUGGGUUUUGCCAGAUUCGCUGAGCCAGCAGGUUUACCAGCACAAGCAGGAAGCCGAGGUCCUUCGCAUUUCUUUCUCGGCGUUGAAAAUAAGAAAGAACGUCCUGGAGGAGGAGGUGGCGACCAAGACUAAGAGACUGGCGGUUCUCCAGGAGGAGCUUGGCAAGAAGCUGGACGUGGAACAGAAGAGCCAGGAGAGGGAGCAGGCCACUCACAGGAUGCUGGAGACCCAUCAGGAGGCGCUGUUGCGACUCACAAGAGACAACGAAUUGAUCAUCGGUGAUUAUAGGAGGCUGCAGGACGACGUGGCCGCCAUGACGCAGGAGAAGCAAGCUGCCCAUGAGAAGAUGGAGGAGGCUUUACGUGAGCGGGAGGCACUAAAACAGAGAGUCCAUUCUUAUGUCGAUACGGUGUCCAGGAUUGAGAACAUCUUGCAGACAAAGAAUCAAGAGAACCUGGACCUUGUGGAGCGCUUCCGCACAGCCCGCUCGGACGUGCAGGAGCGGGAGCAGCGGCUGCAGCAGGUGGAGGAAUUCAUCGGCUCUGUCCGCCUGGAGCUCAUCUCAUCUGAGACGGAACGCCAGCACUUGCGCGAAGCUCUUGGGCGCAAGGUGCAAGAGAUUCAGCAGCACAUGCAGGACUUACACACAUACAAGACACAAGUCGCAUCAUUGACCCACGGGAUGUCCCAACUCGAAGAGGAGAUCCGUGUCCUUCAGGAGGAAAAAGCAUCUCUCUUGGCCGACCUGGCGUCGGUCAGAGAAGUCUGCGUCAAAAUGGACUCGGACAAGGAAAUCGCCGCCCGUCAACUUUUGCAGGCGAAUAUGGAACUGGAGAGGGCGACCACGAGACAGGAGGACGCUCUCACGGAGGCGGCUCUCCUCAAGGAGCACCUGAGGAGCGAAAAGCUGGCGGUGCGCAACAUGCAGGCCAUGUUGGCUGCCAAUCGACAGGAGAUGUUCCAAGCCCACAGGGAGGCCAGCGAGAAGGAGGCGGAGCUCAAGGCCCUACAACAGAUGCUCACCCUGGCCGACAACAAGAUCGGGGUAAACGCCAAGGAGGUGACCAAUCUCCGGGGCAAAGUCACUCAGCUGCAGACCAAGAUGGAGGUUUUGAGUAGCAAAGUCCUUGAGUGCAACACCUCUGAAGAUAUCUCCUUCAGGCCUCUGAGGGCCUCCUCGCCCGUCGACCAUCCGGCCACUCAUCGUCAGCCGGCUCCCGACAGCUCCAUCCAAAGAGAAGAGCCAAAAGGUCAAGAUUCACCCUCACAAGUACACUGAGGGACAAUUUUGAGUGUUCAAUCAACCUAUCAUGCAUGUUUUUGGAACGUGGGAGGAAACAGGAAUACCCGGAGAAAACCCACGCGGGCAUAUGGGA